AUGGCCGCCAACAACGAUGUCUACAACGUUGUUAACCUUUGGCGAGACUCUCAGCUUCAGUCUCUUGACCCUAUACUUCUCCCUCUGGACCAAGAUGAAUAUGUAGACGAUGCGGUUGGCGACCUCGCCAUCCUCUCGCCCAGCGAGCUGCUCGCCAAGUAUGGAUCUGGUCGUGCCCAUACCGAACUCGCGCUACUCUCUUCCCUGACGUCAAUUGUACCGUCCUCCCACUGGUCGCGGCUCCCCCUCAAAUCGAUUUUCCAUCUUCUCCUCCAUGACGAGUUCGUUGAAACCCUAGCGUACCGUUUCAAGAUAGACCUAAGGGUUGAGCGAGACGAUGUGUCAGAUGUCGACAUGUUUUACUAUCUCGUCGGCGCCGUUUGGAAGCUGCAAGAUCACGACCGAGUUGCGGCACAGUCAUUAGUGAACGAACUCUUCGCCGGGUUGCUGGAUGACAUCAAAGAGCUCUUCGAUGACCCCUUCCCCCUCAUUCCAACAUCUGGUCAUCUCACCAAAGAAGGUGCACAAAGAGACGUGCGCUAUGUCCUUGAUCGCCUCGUCUUGUCUUCCGAAGGCUGGACUCGUACAGAAUUGCUCGCAUUCUCCGAUAAUCUCAAUCGGCGCGGCAAGUCUAUCACACCAAACAUCCAUUCGACGCCACGAAGUAGCAAAUCGAGUCGCCCAAAGAAAAGCCGCAGGUCUACAACAACGACAUAUUCAAUACUGGGUCGUUCCAAUGGUGCUCUACCGACACGCCCCCGAUGUUGCUGUGUGCCUGUCGAUCAGCAUUGCUCCGAGCUCGCCUUCUCCACAACCUUGUUACUCCGAGGGAAUCUGAAGCUUCAAUUCUAUCUCGAGAAAGUCAUCAAAACAUUCCUAGCGCCUCCUCCCGACUGUCCAGUGCAUGAAAGUCCAACCUGGUUCAAAGCAUUUCCACUUAAUUGCACUGACCUCGCGUUCGACUGGAAGAGUUCGCCACACUGGGAAAUGCUGCUUGCUCUCGGCCGUCAAGUUCUACAAACAGUUGUCUCUGCAGUUGUGUUCGAGCAGCGCCUCCAACUAGCGACCCCUUUACUAGAUCCCAACAUCGUCAUCGUGGCUCUCGUGUCCGACACCACACUGAAAGCGAUCCUCAACAAGGCUGGGAUGUGCCCCACAAGAUUCAACGUUUCGCCUUCAGCGGCUGCCAAGGCGUUCAAGAUUCAUCUUGGAACCGUUUACUUGACUGGGUCACGACCAUUCUCUGCCGUCCAUCAAUCCUUCGAGCGACUGCUUACUCCGGUCAUCGACGAUAUCAAGGAGAAAUGCGCGUCUCUGGAGGGUCAAGUCGGAGGAGGGGUACAACUGCCGUUGGGUGAGCUCUGA